AUGUCAGAAUUCUUCAUGCCAAACGCCAACGUCGGCGACCGCAACGGCGUCGAAGACUUCCGCAUCCGGGGUAUGACGCCCCUCACUCCUCCCGACCUCCUGCAACACGAGAUCCGCCAAACGGAAGCCUCCAUCAAGACCGUCCUCGCCGGCCGCAACGAAUCGACCGAAGUCGUCCAAGGCCGCGACCCCAACCGGCGGCUGAUGGUCGUCGUCGGCCCCUGCAGCAUCCACGACCCUCAGAUGGCUCUCGACUACUGCGAUCGCCUCCUAGAGCUGAAGAGAAAGUACGAGGAUGAUUUGGUCAUUGUCAUGCGCGCAUACCUCGAGAAGCCCCGCACGACGGUGGGCUGGAAGGGCCUUGUGAACGAUCCGGAUAUUGAUAAUACGUACAAUAUCAACAAGGGCUUGAGGACCGCUAGACAGAUGUAUCUCGAUCUGACGACCAAGGGCAUGCCCCUGGCGUCGGAAAUGCUCGAUACAAUCUCCCCGCAAUACACCGCCGACCUGAUCUCAGUCGGAGCCGUCGGCGCCCGCACAACGGAGUCCCAAGUCCACCGCGAACUCGCCUCAGGACUUUCCUUCCCAGUCGGUUUCAAGAACGGCACCGACGGCUCCCUCACCGUCGCCAUCGACGCAAUCGGCGCAGUCAAGCAUCCCCACCACUUCCUCUCCGUGACGAAACCCGGUAACGUCGCAAUCGUAGGGACUGUAGGCAACGACGAUUGCUUUGUAAUCCUGCGCGGUGGGAACAAGGGAACAAACUACGACAGCAAGAGCAUCGCCGGCGCAAAAGAGGCAAUAGUAUCCAAAGGCCUCCGUCCAUACCUCAUGGUCGACUGCAGCCAUGGAAACAGCGAGAAGAACCAUAAGAACCAGCCCAAGGUCGCGCACGAUAUCGCUGAGCAGAUCAAGGCUGGCGAAACCGCCAUCUGUGGUGUGAUGAUUGAGUCGAACAUUAACGAGGGGAAUCAGAAGGUCCCGAAGGAGGGUAAGGCGGGCUUGAAGUAUGGUGUGAGUAUUACGGAUGCGUGUAUCAAUUGGGAGGAUACGGAGAAGGUGCUGCAGGAGCUUGCUGAGGCUGUCGCGGCGAGACGGGAGAAGUUGGGGGCCGUGAAGCCGGAGGCUAAUGGCGUGAAUGGACAUGCUUAG